AUGGCCUAUCCUCCCUCGUAUCGCGAGGUCGCUCCUCCUUUACCAAGCAUCAAGAUUCACGCUGGAGAUCGCUUCUCCACGCACCCCGACAUGCCGUUUGGCCGCAGCAGUGCCAUGCCCAUCCCGGGCAUUGAGCCGCGUCACCACGUUCCUCCAGCUCUGCCGCCCCCAACCGAGCCUUUUAGCGAUCUACAGAGGGAACGUCGCGGCUACAGCAGCAACUAUGGCAGUGCCAACUCGCUUUAUCCCGACCAACGACCCAGCCUCAAGCGCCGAGAUACCGGCAGCACGACUGGUGACGAAGGGUACGCCAGCUAUGCAUCUACGGACCGUUCCCGCGAGUCCUUUCCUACCGAGUUCGGCGCCCUGCAUGCGCACAAUACAUUCAGUUUCAAGUCCGCCGCCGACAGCCACUGCGACAGCAUGAAGGCCAAGCUCGAUUGCGCGCGGCCUCCAGACCGAUCACCGCCUCGCUCGCUGCUCAGCAGCAUGCCCCACAGAGAUUAUCGCCUGGCACCUCCCGUUAGCCUGCCUGUUCAGCUUCCUAUCCACAGCCGUGAGCGUGGCCUUUCAGACUCUCGCGAGUCUUCCUUCUCCAACUACCGCCACCACGACCGAUCUCCCAAGGAUGGCUCCGAGUUUGCCUACUCUUCGCCCCGAACCCGUUCACGCCGCAACACCGGUGACGAAACCAACUCUGUCCAUGGAACCUAUGACUACCACACCACCGACGAGAUGGAGAUGGAGGAGACCAGCUCUCUAAAACGUCUGCACAUUGACGAGACACACUCGGCUGCUGGCCACAAGCGCAGAGCACCUAGCCCUCCUGACGAGUAUGCUGCCCAUGGUCCUGGCGGCUUGGCUGAGGCCAUGCGCCGUCGCGAAGGCGCUGUUCGCUCUUCUCCAACCCCUCGGCUCGCUACAAUUCCCCAGGGCUCUUCCCUCUCGUCCACGUCGGCGGCCCCCGGCGGCCGCACCAACUCGUACCUCUCUACACUUUCGAUCCCACCUUCCCAGAGCAGCGUCAAUGCCUAUAGUCACCGCUCGCCUGGCGGCAUCUCCUCCAACGGCGUCUCGCCUACCAGCUCCAACUCUCCCUACGCCCCAACCAUGUCGCUCAAUCCCAGUCCGCGCGGCUCCAUCUCGCGCGCUUCCGGGCAUAACAGGGCCCCGUCUAGCAGCAGCCCUCGUAAGGUUGCCGAGCCUGGCAAGUCUACCGUCACGAAGCUGCAAGGAUUCUGGAUGUGCGAGUGCUGCCCCAAGAAGCCCAAGAAGUUUGACUCGGCCGACGAUCUAGCUGCCCACGAAGCUGAGAAGCAAUAUGAAUGCAACUACUGUGGCAACCGCUUCAAGAACAAGAACGAGGCCGAGCGCCACCAAAACUCGCUCCAUGUUCGACGCCACAGCUGGUCUUGCUCUGCCCUAUCAGGCUAUGACCGAGCCUUCCAUGAGUCGACUAACCGUCCCGGAGAGGCUGACGUCUGCGGCUACUGCGGUGACGAGUUUGCUCGCACAGGCGUUACUCCUGGCACUGGUGCCCUCAGUGGUGGUAUCCUUCCCAAGCGCCCUACCGACCAGGACUGGGACGAGCGUAUUCGACACUUGCAGGAGGUGCACAAAUUUAGGGAAUGCAACUCUUCCAAGAAGUUCUACCGCGCCGAUCACUUCCGUCAGCACCUCAAGCAUAGCCACGCCGGAACCAGCGGUAAAUGGACAAACAUGCUUGAGAAUGCGUGCCUCAUGGACGAGGAUCCUGCGCAGCCCGGCAGCCGAAACUAA